GUGCAAGUGGAGCUAGGGAAGACGAGCCCGCAGCUGGGCCGCAGCUUCUGGCUGGCGCAGGUGGCGUCUUGGUACUGCUACAUGUGAACAUGCUCAGGUGGUGAAGAUCGCUGCCUCUGCUGAAAGAGGGAGCUGGAGGAACGCACAAAAGCUCAGUUGAUCGCAGUUUGAGUCGCCGAGGUAGUCUUUCUGGCUUACUCAACUGUGAGCUUGUUUUUAAUUUUCACUCCAUCAGCAUUUGACUGCAGUCGGAAGGGUGCACCAGCUUUCUCUGGUGGACUUGCAGGAACCACUUCGAUUGUGGCGAUUCUCUUCACACCACUGUAAGGAUUCUCCAGAUUAGGAAAGCGGAGGGACUCGUUCACUACUACAUCUGUUGUGAGUGGGCCUGCCGUGUUGAGGCUUUUCCCGUGCGCCCCAAGAUGGCUGAAGCUGCGCAAAAGCAUGAUGCUGAUAGCACUCCAGCAGUGCAGGGGCUGGAAAGUACAGGCCCUCCAAGUGGCAGGAUCAUAAGAAAAGUUAGUCGCAAGAGUUCUAUGGCUCGUUUCCGUGGACUGUUCGAGCGUGUGACUCGGGCUCAGUGGACGGCUGAUGCUGACAUCAAGGUCCCUGAGACUCACUCCACUAAGGGAGCUGGCUUGCUUUGGUUGGCCUUUGGCACGAUUGGGGUUGUGUACGGAGAUAUUGGUACGUCGCCCCUCUACGUCUACGCUAGUAUCUUUCCAGAGGGACCACCGAGCAACACGGAAGUCAUCGGUGCCAUGUCUCUCAUCUUCUGGACCAUCACUCUGCUACUUCUUGUAAAGUAUGCCUUGAUCGUGCUCUUUGCGGACGACAAUGGGAAUGGAGGCACUUUUGCCCUCUACUCCCUGCUAAGGCGGCAAGCGGAAAGGGGUGUCAUGGGGCCUGCUCUUCCAUCAGAGUUAGAGCUUUCUCAUUAUGGUUCUGGGUCGUUUGCCAAGGCCAAGGCGCAAAGCAUGCAGAGGGGCUGGCGGCAGAGGGUAGUCACGAACGAGACGUUACAGAAGAUUGUACGUGUACUGGUUGUGAUUGGUGUUGGAGCAAUUCUGGGGGACGGGGUCCUUACUCCGGCCAUCUCAGUUGUAUCCGCCUGUGAAGGCAUUCAGAUCGCAGACCCGUCCUUCACCCGAGGGGCCAUUGUGGGUUUGGCUAUGGCGAUUCUGGCCGGCCUCUUUCUCAUACAACAGUUUGGGACAGCCCUGAUGUCAAAAGUAUUCUCGCCAGUUGUCAUGCUAUGGCUGCUUGGGAACGCGGUCAUAGGGGUAGUCAACAUUGCCAAGUAUGAUGCUUCAGUGUUCAAGGCAAUCAGCCCCCACUACUUCAUGAGGUACUUCAUCGAUGACGGAAAGACUGCCUGGAAGUCGCUGGGUGGAGUUCUGCUCUGUGCGACAGGGGUGGAGGCACUCUUUGCGGACCUUGGGCACUUUAACAGGCAAUCUGUUCAGCUCUCCUGCUUCGCCCUCUUGUACCCCUGCAUCAUCCUGACCUACUUUGGCCAGACAGCUUACCUUCUGAAACACCCGGAGAACGUCGGCAGCACGUACUACAAGUCGCUGCCUCAUGGGACGUUCUGGCCGAUGUUCAUUCUCGCCACGCUGGCCGCCAUAGUCGCCAGCCAAGCGCUCAUCUCUGCCAGCUUCCAGAUCGUGUACCAGGCGAUUGCCCAGGGGUUCUUCCCCCGGUUCCACGUGGUUCACACCAGCAGGAAGAUCUUGGGCCAAGUCUACAUCCCCCUCGUGAACUACAUGCUGAUGACGCUCACCCUAGUUGUGGUGGGCAUCUUUCAGAAGUCAGCGAAACUGGGGCAAGCGUACGGGCUCGCUGUUAUCACCGACAUGGUGCUGACCACCCAUUUCAUGACGCUGGUCAUCCUAACCGUUUGGCGGCGACCGCUCUACGAGGGACUGGUCUUCUACUUCUUCUUCCUGCUCGUCGAAGGCAGUUUCCUGUCAUCGACCAUCGAGAAGAUCCCCAAAGGCGGUUGGUUCUCCAUCAUGAUGGCCCUCAUCUACGCCGCCAUCAUGUUGUGGUGGUACUGGGGGUCCAGCCACAAGCGCGCUUUCUUCCACACCAAGCUGAUGCCCAAGCUGGACAGGUUCUUCCGGGUCAAGGUGGCAGAGGACAGUAAAGAUGAGCAGCUUUUCAUCGCCAAGUCCGACACUCGCGUCUUGCGCUCUCCCGGGCUCGGCCUCUACUACUCCGACAGCAUCUUCGGCACUCCCCCGGUGCUUGUUCAGCACCUCAAGUCGUUCCCCAUCAUCCACGAGGUCGUCAUCUUCAUGACCAACCGCUUCGUUCCGGUUCCGGAGGUGCUUCCGGCGGAACGAUUCCUCAUCGAGCAGCUUGGCGUCGGAGGCUUUUACCACUGCAUCGCACGGUACGGUUACAUGGACCGGGUACAGCAGGGAACCGACUUCGCGGAGACGGUCCUUCAGCACAUUCUAAUCCUGCUGACGGAUUCAUUGAAGGAGGCUGUGAGCGACAACGGGGCUUACAGGAUGCGCAGCCCCACUGACACAUGGGGUAGCCUGGACUUCAGCCAUCACGGAAAUCAAAAUUCGCUGCGGUCCAUCCGAGAGACUGCUCCCGUCACGCACCCGCCGCCCCCACCUGCUGACGUCAGCAUCAUGAUCCCUCCCGAAGUCGAACGGCGGAAGGCCACCCCUUCAUCGACCCCUUCAUCCUCUGCGUAUGGGGACCUUGAGAUGCAGCAGCUCGACGCGGUGGCAAACGGAUCGCAGAUCAAUGACGAGCAGGACUUCACCUCCGAGAACGAGAACACAGUCGGCUCCGCGAAGGACCUGUCGCUCCCCGCGAAUCCGGAGGUACGGUGGGGCGCUGCGGAUUUCUCCUUGGGGCGGGUCGCGGGGGAGGCGCUUAGGAAGCUGGACGAGGCGACCAAGGAGUGGCUGGACGAAGUAGUGGACAAGCUGGCGGACGCGGAGCGGGUACCGUCCCGGCACAAGCGCGCUGCGGUACUGGCGAAGGAGAUCAGGCUGGUCCGGAAGGCGCGCGACUCCCAGCACGUCGUCUACAUGCUGGGCAGGGCGACCCCACAGAUCGCGGAGAAGCCGACCAACAUCUUCAAGCGACUCUUCCUCGAGAUCCCCUACCUGAUUCUCGUCAACAAUUUCCACUCCGAUGCUGCCAAGACCUACAACAUCCCGCAAGACAAGCUGUACGAGGUUGGGAUGCAAUACAAGAUCUAGCUUACUUCGUACAGCUCAUGUAAACAACUGAGAUCGAGCUGAUUUUUAGCAGCGGCCGGUUGAAAUGGACCGACGUUGAUGUCUUAGAUAGUGUUACUGGGAAGUUGUUGGCUCUCUCAUAGGAUGCCCUUUUAGGAAAGUGCAACCAAUAAUUCGACACUUAGUAAAAAGACAGCUAUCCUUUUGACCCGUUCCUAUUAGUGGUCGGUAGUUAAUACUGGGUCCUCGGUUGCUUUGUUGACUCGCAAUUGGAAUCCCUUAUUGCUAUUUCGUAACUCUGCAGCAGACAAAGCUACGAAAGAUUGUGAAAGAUUGUCGUAUGCAUAUCGUAUCAUUUGUAUACGGAGUGGAGGA